AUGGGGUUUGCUGAAAGAGUCGACGUAUUGGCCGGUAGGACGUCCACCGGUGGAAUGAGAGGUAGGAGAUUGAGAUUCCUCAUUACUGUUACUGCCACUGUUGGUUUCUCCCUUUUCGGUUAUGACCAAGGUCUUAUGUCUGGUUUACUUAACGGUGACCAAUUCAAGAAAGAGUUCCCACCAGCUGAUGGUAACUCCACUAUCCAAGGUGCUAUUACUGCUUGUUAUGAAAUUGGUUGUUUCUUUGGUGCUAUUUUUGCCUUGUUGAGAGGUGAUUAUUUCGGUAGAAAACCACUUAUGCUUGCUGGUGCUCUUAUCAUUAUUGUCGGUACCGUUAUUUCCACGGCGGCAAUCAGGCCAUAUUGGCAAACUGGUCAAUUCGUUGUUGGUAGAGUUGUCACUGGUAUUGGUAAUGGUAUGAACACAGCUACCAUUCCAGUCUGGCAAUCGGAAAUGUCGAGAGCUGAAAACAGAGGUAAGUUGGUCAACAUCGAAGGUGCCGUUGUUGCAGUUGGUACUUGUAUUGCUUACUGGAUUGAUUUCGGUUUCUCAUACAUCAACAGUUCGGUCCAAUGGAGAUUCCCCACUGCGUUCCAAAUUGUAUUUGCUGCCUUGUUCUUUAUCGGUCUCACCAGCUUGCCAGAAUCUCCACGUUGGUUGAUUGCUCACCAUCGUAGAGCUGAAGCCCACGAGGUGUUGGGAUACCUUAACGACUUGCCACCAGAUGAUGAUGCUGUUGUUGCUGAGGGUACCACCAUUAUCGAUGCCGUCAAUAGAUUUGCCAAUGCCCAAACUGGAUUCAAGGACUUGCUUACUGGUGGAAAAACCCAGCAUUUCCAAAGAAUGGUUAUUGGCGCCUCAACCCAAUUUUUCCAACAAUUCACUGGUUGUAAUGCUGCCAUUUAUUACUCAACAUUGUUGUUUUACCAAACAAUUUUUGACUAUUCUAAAUACAGAUUGUCUUUGAUUUUGGGUGGUGUUUUCGCAACCAUUUACGCGUUGGCCACCAUCCCUUCAUUCUUUUUGAUUGAUACUGUCGGUAGAAGAAAAUUGUUCCUUGUUGGUGCCAUUGGACAAGGAUGUGCCAUGAUUAUUUCAUUUGCCUGUUUGAUUGACCCAACCACUCAAAAUGCCAAAGGUGCAGCCGUUGGUAUCUACUUGUUUAUUGUGUUCUUUGCAUUCACAAUCUUGCCAUUGCCAUGGAUCUACCCACCAGAAAUCAACCCAUUGAGAACGAGAACCACUGCAUCUGCAGUCUCCACGUGUACCAACUGGAUCACAAAUUUCGCAGUUGUUAUGUUUACGCCUGAAUUUAUUGAAAGAUCAAACUGGGGUACCUACUUGUUCUUUGCUUGUUUCAACUUCCUUUUCGUGCCAGUCAUUUUCUUCUUCUACCCAGAAACCGCAGGUAGAUCAUUGGAGGAAAUCGACAUCAUUUUCGCUAAAGCCCACGUUGAAGGAAGACAACCAUGGAGAGUCGCUGCCACUUUACCUAAAUUGUCAUUGCAAGAAAUUGAAGCGGAAGGUAAUAGUUUGGGAUUGUACGAUGAAGACUUUGAAAAGGACAACUAUGAAACUAAGGAAGACAUUAGUGAUUCAACCAGUAAUAACGGUAAUGGAGGUGCUGCUGGUGGAAUGUUUGAGAAGAACUCUGCCGAGGAAGAUAACACUGCUGCUCCAUCGGAACAAGUUUCAAACAAGGUUUAG